GUGGAGAACACAACACUGAAUCAAGACCACCGAGUACCCAACAACAAGAUGACUGCACUAUUGAUCUAACCAGCACCAUCCAACCAUCCGAUACUCUACUACCCCAAAUAACGACAAGCAACCAUCCUAUA